AUGACGGAAGCUAGCAAAGCCAGCAGUCUUACGAACGUGGAUAUCGAAAGCUCACCAGAAAAGGUCGUUAAGGAUGUUCAAGAAACAACAGAGCCUGAAUAUCCUCCUCUUUCAAAAGUUAUCAUUGUUAUCCUCGCACUCUACCUCGCUAUCUUCCUAGUGGCGCUCGACCAGACCAUCAUCGGUGUCGCCAUCCCCAAAAUCACCGAUCAAUUCAAGAGUAUCUCAGAUAUUGCCUGGUAUGGCAGUGCAUACUUCCUCACGUCAACGGCACUCCAGCCCUCAUACGGCAGAAUCUAUAAGAUCUUUAGUGUCAAAUGGGGAUUUUUAAUAGCCGUUCUGAUCUUCGAAAUCGGGUCUCUUAUCUGUGCCGUUGCACCAUCCAGCACAGUCCUUAUUGUCGGACGAGCCAUUGCAGGGAUUGGCGUUGCAGGUAUCUUUUCCGGUGCAUUGGUGAUCAUAUCAUUUACAGUUCCACUGCCUAAACGACCAUUGGUUUUCGGUGCAUUUGGAAUGGUUUGGGGAAUCGCAUCGAUCGCCGGUCCGCUCCUCGGCGGUGCAUUCACAGACGGUAUCACAUGGCGCUGGUGCUUCUAUAUCAACCUGCCUAUCGGCGGUCUCUCGAUUGCCGUCAUCGUUUUCAUCCUCAAAGUGCCAAAGAAGAGCGAUCUGUCCGGUACCUCUGUCUGGGAACGCAUCAAGCAGUUGGAUCUGGUUGGUGCCAGUCUGCUCAUUCCUGCGAUCAUUUGCCUGCUGCUUGCCCUCCAAUGGGGAGGAAACAAGUACCCAUGGAACAACUCCAAAAUCAUUGGCUUAUUCGUUGGUUUUGGCCUCAUGGUUAUUUUAUUUGCCGCCUCCCAAAUAUAUCUGGGCGAAAAGGCUACUCUGCCACCUCACAUUCUGAAGAAGCGUACCGUUCUGGCGGCAUCAUUGUUUGCCCUGUUCUUCGGUGGUUCUUUCUUCUUGCUGGUGUAUUAUGUCCCCAUCUACUUCCAGAGUGUUAAAGGAUCCUCCGCCAUGAAAUCGGGUAUUCAGCUCCUACCACUCAUGCUGGCUACCGUUGUUUCUUCGGUUACCUUUGGAGGCUUGAUUACUGCGGCGGGAUACUACACACCCUUUUUGAUUGGCAGUACUGCAAUUGCUGCCAUCGGCACGGGUCUCAUCACUCUGUUUGAUGUCGAUAUGCCGAGCGGAAAGUGGAUCGGCUACCAGAUUGUUGCAGGUGCAGGUGUGGGCGCGGGAUUCCAGGUCCCGAUGACUGCUGUCCAGACCGUGCUUUCGCCGGAGGACAUCCCCGUCGGCACAGCUGCAGUCAUGUUCUUCCAAACUUUAGGCGGAGCUUUGUUUAUCGCUGUUGGCCAAUCAGUUUUCCAGAAUGGACUCAUUGAUGGAAUCAGCAAGUAUACGACAGGUGUGGACCCCAUGGUUAUCCUCGGAGCCGGCGCGACUGAGAUGCGCAAGGUCCUUGGCGAAAUUGGAAAGCUUGAUCAGAUAGAUGGUGUGAUCGAGGCUUAUAUGAGUGGCCUGAGAGACUCAUAUCGCGUCGCCCUAGCGUUAAUGGUUGUUGCUUUUGUGGCAAGUCUCUUCCUGGAGUGGAAGAGUGUGAAAAAGGCUGGUGGUGAGAACAAGGAAGCUGCAGUUCCGGCCCUUUGA